AUAGGGCCGGCGCGCUCGCGCUGUCGUUGCCAUGGCAACGCAGCAGUCGACGCGAGCCACACACUGCACUGGUGGACUGUGUGCAUGGUUAUCAUCGCGUGUUGUGCUGCCUGCGUCGUCGUCGAUCAGGCAGCCAGUAAUCCAUAUAUACGCCUCGCCCGCCGGUCCGGAAGAGGUCCAAGGCCAUCAUCCAUCGCUCAGCCUCACCAUGUACCCGAAGCCGGAGGACGGUCCGGCGACGGGCUUCCCGAUGAGCGGCGGCGGCGGCACGGGCGGGCGCGGCCCGAGCGCGUACUACCAUGCUCCGGGAGCGGGCGCGGCGACGGCGGCGUUCGCGAUGCAGGCGCAGGCGCCGCUGGCGGCGUGGUCGACGGGGCUGUGCGACUGCUUCGACGACUGCAGCAACUGCUGCGUGACGUGCCUGUGCCCGUGCGUGACCUUCGGGCAGAUCGCGGAGAUCAUCGACCGCGGGUCGACGUCGUGCGGGGCGAGCGGCGCGCUCUACGCGCUCAUCAUGUGCCUCACGGGCUGCCAGUGCGUCUACUCCUGCUUCUACCGCGCCAAGAUGCGCGCCCACUACGGCCUGCAGGAGAGCCCCUGCGCCGACUGCUGCAUCCACUGGUGCUGCGAGCCAUGCGCGCUCUGCCAGGAGUACCGCGAGCUCAAGAAGAGAGGCUUCGACAUGAACCUCGGAUGGCACGCCAACAUGGAGAGGCAAGGGCGCACUCCGGCAACCAUGCCACCCCUCAUGCACCCAGGGAUGACCCGUUGAUCCAUCGCUCCGUACGUGCAGGUCUUUUCUUCCUCCAACACACAUCUAAGUGUGCAUCUUUAUCAAAAAAAUCUAAGCGUGCAUCCUUGUGUAACUUGUGUAAAAAAAUGCUCGUAUAUUAUGAGAUGGAGGGCGCAGAUUAGAAUAAUACAUGUUGUUCGGCAUCUUUGCGGUGGCCCUACAUGCAGGUAUCUGUACAAUACAGUGUAACACACAAGUACCACUUUGUGUAAUGUUAUUGGAAAUGUACUUAAACUUUGAAGUUGUUA